AUGGAACAGCUGGCAGCUCAGAUUCAAGAGAAGGCCGUGGACUCGCAAAAACAAUUGCGAUCGAUUUUGAUGCAAGUAACGGCGAAAGAACGCUCUUUAAGAAUUAAGGAACUGGCAAAGAAAGAAUUAAAUGUCGUCGGAAAAGAUGCUGCUGUCUAUGGUGGUGUUGGAAAAAUGUUUAUUCGUACAGAUUUAGACUCAGUUCGCAAAACCAUAGACGAAGAAAUUAGCAGCUUACUUGGAGACAUUGACUCUUUACGAAAGAAAAAAGACUACCACGAAACUACUGCAGUGAAUGCCAAUUCUCAUCUUCAAAAAAUGAAAGAAUCUGUCAUUUAA